CCCACAGCGCUCAACUAUCCCCUCAUUCCUGGGAAGACACCGCUGUUUGUUUUGGUCUCGUCUCUUGUGUCUCUGCUGACAUGCGUCGUCCGUUCUUUACUCUAGGCUCUCCAGUCAUGUCCGCUUUCACUUUCUUUAUCCUUUACUUCUCUGUACUCGCAGUUGCGGGUAACUCUACCUUCUUUAACCUCAACUCGGCCUAUGCUCUCCUCGGCACCGACUUGCCUGCAGAAACUCUCGAUUUGCCUGUAGGGACAUGCAAUGCUGAGACCCCAUGUGUGAAUGGCGCCUGCUGUGCCGGAAACGGGUCUGGCCUUUGUGGCUACUCCCCAGCUGAGUGCGGUGCAGCAAAUUGCACAUCAAACUGCGGCGCGAAGGCCGAGUGCGGCCAGUAUGGAGCACCCGGGAAGCAAAACUGCCCGCUGAACGUUUGCUGUUCCGAGUUUGGCUUUUGCGGCUCGACUACAGACUUCUGCGACGUCAACAAAGGCUGCCAGGAGGGCUUCGGCACGUGUGGCGAUGUCAAGAGGCCUUCAUGCAGCAAGGGAAACAGUGUUGAGGCUCGCUCCAUCGGCUACUAUGAGUCGUGGGCCAACACGCGCCCCUGCAGUAAGGUCUCCCCAGAGGACCUGAACCUCGACGGUCUCACGCAUAUCAACUUUGCGUUUGUGUUCUUCAAUCCACAGACAUUCCAAAUUGUUCCCAUGGACAAGAAUGCAGGUUCACUUCUCAGUCGCUUCACUAAGCUGAAGGAAAAGAAGCCAGGUUUGGAGGCUUGGGUUAGUGUUGGCGGUUGGUCUUUUAACGAUCCUGGUCCCUAUCAAAAGGCCUUUAGCGACAUGGCAAGUACACCGGAGAACCGAAAGAUAUUCAUUGACGGCCUCUUGGCCUUCAUGGACGAGUAUGGUUUCGACGGAAUGGACAUGGACUGGGAAUAUCCGACGGCUGAUGAUCGCGGAGGACGAGCUGAGGACCGCGCCAAUCUGGUUCUGCUCUGCCAAGACAUUUAUGCUGCAUUUUCCGGCUCGUAUGGCUUCUCCAUCACGCUGCCUGCAUCGUACUGGUAUUUGCAACACUUUGACAUUGAGGGCAUUCAACCACAUGUCGAUUGGUUCAACUUAAUGUCUUACGAUCUUCAUGGCGUCUGGGAUAAGGCGUCAAAGGAGAUCGGUCCGUACAUUGCACCUCACACCAAUCUCACAGAGAUCGACAUGGCCCUCGAUCUGCUAUGGCGUGGCGGGUUGAAGCCUGAGAACCUCGUUCUGGGCCAAGGCUUCUACGGUCGUUCUUUCACGCUUGAAGAUGCCGAGUGCAGUAAGCCCAAUGGGGUAUGCAAGUUCUCCGACGGUGCCAAGGAAGGUCCCUGCUCCAGGGCCUCGGGGAUCCUGACCCUGCAAGAGAUCAUGGAUAUUAUUAAAGAGAAGAACCUCACGCCUGUUCACGACCAGAAAGCUGGAGUCAAAUGGAUUCACUGGGACAAGGACCAGUGGGUCUCGUACGACGACGGUGAGACUCUUCAGCAGAAGGUAGACUUUGCCAACUCACGAUGCCUCGGUGGUGUGAUGGUCUGGGCGCUGGACCAAGUUGACCAGAAGGCCAACAGCCUCCUUAACCCAGAUGGCUUGACGGAAGAAGAAGUUCUGGAAGCCGAAAUCAUUUACCAAGACGAAGCCGCCCGGGGACUGUGCUACACGACCAAGUGCGGAGACGGAUGCCGUGACGGUGACCACUUGGCGGCACAGGCGAAUGGCCAGCCAGGGCAAUACUCCACCGAAGUACGAUGUCCAAAGGAUCAGGUUCGAAGCAUUUGCUGCAACAAGGGUGUCACCAUGGGAACAUGCCGCUGGCGGGGUUAUCGUGGCCUCGGCUUAUCCUGUUUUGGGGGAUGUGCUGACGAUGAGGUGGACAUCACACAAAACACCAACCACAAGACGGAGAAUGAAGACCAGAGCUGUUCUGGGGGAACCCAGAGCUUUUGCUGCAAGGGUUUCAAGGGCCCCGUGUCGAAGCAACAAAUACAAGAGAAGGUGGAAGACGAGGCGGCCGAUCUAGCUCGAGAGGCCGCAGAAGCUUUGGCUAUAGAAGUGGCUGCCAAGGCCUUCUGCCGCAUUGCAAUUGCAGCAGCGACUGCGCCACUAAGAUUCAUUCCCAUCGUUGGCAUAUUCAUCUCCAUAGCCCUGCAGGCUGCUAUGCCGGCCCUGGUACAAGUUUGUGCCAAGGGUAUUGCGAAAGCUGGAAAAACAGCGUUCAAGUUCAAUGGAAAGGACUAUGACGUGAAGCUGGACAAGCCUCUGACAACAAAAGUAGACCGGCCUAAGCGUAAUGAGCCAACGCCGGCGCCGAAGAAGCCCAACACCUGCAACAAGAAGAAUUUCAAGCGCGCCCCAGUCGGCGGCGACAAGAAGACAAUCACCAAGGAUGGCAAGCUUUCCACUGAGACUGUCACUAGAACGUGCGACGGCGGUCUCUACAAGCAGGCCUGCUAUCACUACAGCUCUGUUAUCCACUAUAAUCCUGCCGUCAAACAAAUACCCUGCGUCAGCAAGAAGAAUUACGACAGUAAUGGCAAGAGUAUCAAAAACAAAGAGGCACCACGGCCCCUUGUAACUAGAUAUAACAGACAGCACAACACAGGUUGGAGUUCUGGCUGGCUGCAAGAGUUUGAUCUUCAGUGCCAGCGAGACGAGUAUCCACCCGCAGACAUCUGGCAGGCACGGGACAGCCGGACGUGGAUUCGUCUCAUUCGCAACACGGAGAAUGGGGGCGCGGGUCAGAUCUGGAAGGGCGUAUGCCCGCCGGAUAUGGUGAAGAAGGAGCACGGGGCGCGGUCCAUAUCAAACGAGGUCAUCGGCUGUCGUACGACGACUGUUUACGAGGUUACGGCCGACGCCACGCAGACCGUGUUCGAGAUGGACUUUACCAACAUGGGAGCUAUGCCAGACGACUACGGUAUCACAGAAAAUCCGUGCUGGCCCAAGACCCUGGUGAACGAUCCCGGCUUUGCCCUGCUAACUGACGAUCCGUGGUACGAUCGGGUGGCUGGUCGUGACACGAACGGUGCGCUCCGGAAAGCCUACGCUCGAGCCCCGGAACCAAAUGUCAUUGCCGGCAAGGUGAGCUCGGCCAGCUGGGGCUACACCUCGCGGAAGCGCAAGCGCGUCAGGAAGCGUGCCGGCGACACCGGCGACCUCACCUUCAUCAUCGACGAGGAUGCGGUCGCCCACGACAGCGAGCCGGGCCCGGACAACCUCCUUGUUGAUGAGGGAAACAGCACGCGGAGGCCGACCGAGGAGGAGCUCCUCGAGCACUUGGGCUACCUGGCCUGCCAAGACAAGUCAUGCAGUCGUGAGAUGGAGGAGCUGGGCUAUGCGUCCCUCCCGUAUGCCCAGGUCACAGCCAGGGCUGCCGAGCGGGUAGAGGCCGCAGCCACCACGGCGACCGCCGAUGAAGACGCCGAGUCGCCGCGGCAAACCGUGUUCGGCACCGAGGAUCCGCGCGUGACGGAGUGGAUCGCCGACGCGCUGGCGACGGCGACGGAGGUGGCGGCCGAAGCGGCGGCGCUCAUCACGCCUGCGCCCGGCCCCGCCGCCGUAGACAAAAUGAUGUAAGGUGAUGUAGGAAGUUGCACCAUUUAUGGAUUCAGUUGAUGGCCGGAAAUUUUAUGUUCAGAAGUAGUUGCUUUCUGUUGCUUUCUGUUGCUUUCUGUUGCUUUCUACACAGGAAAUCAAGAAGAUAGGUGUUGUAUUCCAUCUCGUUCUCCUGCAGAACCCCGGACUUGAUCAGGGUGUUGCGAUGCCAUCGCCGGAAGCCGGAUAACCGGAGGAUCCGAAGUUAAUACGUGACUUGCCCACGUGACCUUCCCUGAUCCUCCACCACUAAUACGGCUUCGCGGCUAGCACCCUUCCGCAACAGCUUCUUCUCUUCUUCGU